AUUUAUUUCUCUUUCUUUCUCCUCUCCUUUUCCUUUUUUUUUUUCUUUAUAUUUCAUAAAAUGGUGUCAGCAUCUUUUCUAUUUGGUUAUUUUAUAGGUGGAAUAACAUUCUUUCCAAUAAUGAUCAUCAUCACAUGCGCUAUAUAUUUUAUUUUAAGCAAACUAAUAAUACCAAUCUAUAACCGAUUAUCCUACAAGAAGCAUUAUAGCAAUAAUAACAACAAUGCCAAUUCUAAUCAAGGCCCAGUAAAUGACGAGAAUACGAGCAACCAAUUAUAUAAAGUGGGAUGGUUGAAAGUGCAUAAAGAUGAUAUAAUCGACGAUGACGAUACGUCAUCUAUUGGGGAUAUUGUCGCUUCAUAUAUAAGGAAUAACAACCAUCAGAACAGCCGGUUAUACUUUUCAGUAUUAAAAUACAAUACACUUUAUCUAUAUGACUCAGAGAAACAGUUGGACUGUAAAGGUGUCAUCAUCUUGAGUGACUGCAAGGUAUCCAUUCACCCACCAGGAUUACAAGAUUUUGAACUAUUUUCAAAACCUCAGCAUAUAAAACUCGAAAACAGCAAUAACAAUCAAACAUAUUAUAUCAAUUGUAGACGAUGCAUCGAAAAAGAAGACUGGUAUUUUACUUUUAUUCGUGCUUCCAAAACAACAUCACCUUCAUUUACCAUCAAAAAGGACAAUACCCACUUUGACCAAUCAUCCAUGAAUCAGUUGAUCACGGCUAUCCAUAGUGAUGAAUACCACUUUCAGACCCAAUGGUUCAAUGCUAUACUUGGUCGUAUUUUCCUUUCUGUCUAUAGAACUCAAGAUAUCAAGGACGCUCUCUAUAAAAAAAUUGUUUCAAAGUUGGACAAAAUUAAUGCAAAAAGACCGCCAUUUUUGGGUGAAAUCACUGUCAGAUCGGUUGAUCCUGGUCAUUCGAUACCUCGUAUCACUCAUCCCAAACUGCUCGGAAUUAGCCCUAGUGGUGAACUGUCUGCUGAAGCCAACUUACAUUAUGACGGAUGUAUCCGAAUUGAGAUCGAAACGGUGCUCAAGUGGAAAUAUUCUGAUCGACUGCGCCCCUUUACUAUCGAUAUCAUCUUGGCAAUCACGUUGGAAGAAAUUCAAGGAAAAGUACUAAUGAAAAUUAAGGAACCCCCAACCAACCGAAUUUGGUAUGCUUUUCAUGAACCACCCAAGAUGAAAUGGAAGGUAGAACCCGUCGUCUGGGAGAAACGUGUAGGUUACUCGGUGGUUGUCAAAGCAAUUGAAACAAAGAUUCAAGAAUUUAUUGUUGAAACAAUGGUUUUGCCUAACUUUGAUGAUAUCAUCUUCUUCCCAAUGAAUGGGGAAGGUGGCAUCUUUGAACAGCAAGAAGAACAAGUUCAGGAAUUGCCUAAUAAAGAAGACAAAACAAUAGCAAAAGAAGAAUGUGUGUUACAGAAUGACACCAAAAAAGAACUUCCCAUGCAUAGAUUAAAACUAGAUGAAGAUUUAUUAACUACCGCAAAGGCUCUACCAGAACUAUUUCAACAACAACAACAACAACAACAAACAGUGAAAUCUACUCCUGCAGAGCAAGAGUUUUAUCAUUUUGCUUUAUCUACUUCUCCACCUGAAGAUGCAUCCAUUUGUUCAUCAUUGUCAUCGAAUAUGGAUGAUUCACUCCAAACGAUAGAUUCAAAAAGCUCACUUGGCAUUCAGCAGACUGAAUCAAAAGAGAGUAUAACAAGUGACACAUCCAGCCAUGUUGUCCGACUAAGAAAGUCUAGUUCAUUAGCAUUACUCAACAAAGCCAAAACAUGUGCAUCAACCGCUGUUAAUAUUUCACCUGCCAUGGCUCACAAAGAUAAAAAGGACAUCAUAGAUCAAGGCUCCUCUAUUGCAUUUGUUUAA